AUGCUGAAGCUCAGAAAUGCUGCUCAAACAGUGCGUGUAACAGCAGUAAAAAGUACUAAAGAGAUUUGGGAAGAAAUCCGCCCAAGAGAUGCUAAAGUCGCAUGGCACAAACUUCUCUGGUAUCCUUUACAUGUCCCGAAGCAUAGCAUAAUUUCAUGGAUGAUUAUUUUGGAUCGGCUCCCCACUAAGGACAUAAUGCAACGAUUUGGUCUUAUUACAAAUGAUCUUUGUAUGUUCUGCUCGGAAGCAACGGAAACUAGGAACCACCUCUUUGCCGAAUACUCGAAGACUGCUUCCAUUUGGAAAUCAAUUCUGCAACUUUCUCUGAACAUGAAUUUCUCGAAUUGGACUAUUUUGCUGCAAUGGGCAACCUCUUCAUGGAAAGGUAAAUCACUGCUAACUUGCAUUCUGAAGCUGUCAUGGAACGCCUUUAAUUAA